AUGGCCGGAAUGAGAUCGGAGGAUGACUGGAAGGUCAUCGGAAGACAACCGGGAGGCAGUCAGAAGGUUGUCAAAGGAUGGAUGGAAGUCACCGGAGGAUGGUUAGAAAGUCGCCAGAGGAUGAAGUACGCUGGAGGACGUCAAAGGAUGGCCGGAAUGAGAUCGGAGGAUGACUGGAAGGUCAUCGGAAGACAACCGGGAGGCAAUCAGAAGGUUGUCAAAGGAUGGAUGGAAGUCACCGGAGGAUGGUUAGAAAGUCGCCAGAGGAUGGUUAGGCAGCAGAUCAAAAGGUUACCGAAGGAUGGCUAG